CCGUCGACGACGCGCGACCCGUUCGCGCUGCUGCCGCUGCACGUGCUGGCAAAGAUCGUGGCGCACCUGAGGCCGCUCGACGUGCUCGUACACCAACGCGUGUCAAAGGCAUGGCGCGUUAUUCUCGCGAGCGAGUAUGUUUACACACUGGCGCUGAGAUACCACUUCCCGUUUGCGCGAGAGGCGGAGUGCGUUUGGGCGCUGCAUAGAGAUGGGGAGAGGUUUCCUGAGGCGGCCGUGGAGGGGUUUAGGACUGCUGCGAAGAGGGGGGUGAGGAGGGUGAGUGGGGUUGAGACGGUAAAAGGCGGAGUGGGAAUGGGCUGUUGGGUGGCGGCCGAUAGCUGGUUGGUCUUCGAUGAGGGCUUGUGCGGGCGGGAUGAGAACCGGGUUGGGGUGCAGAAGUUGGGUGGUGGUGAGGCGGGCAGGGGCUGGAUCACGGUCGGGGUGAAUAGAGUCCAGGAUCUGUCGGUGGGUGGCGGGUUCUUGCGGGUGUUGCUCAACCCCGGACCGGGAGACGCGGACGAGAGUGACAACACCACCGGCCCGUGGAGCAUGCGACUCUACGACCUUUCGGAUCUUUCCCUUGUGUGGCAAGUCGGGGUUCCGGCACACGCGGCCGUCACGCAGAACAUGUCGGAUUCCCACACCGGAUACAUCGUGCACGACAAGGAGGCGACCGCGGAUGGCGCCCAUCCGCGCAGAACAAUUGUUCUCCAUCUCCUCUCCCUGAAGACGGGGGAGGCAACUACGGUACUCAGCGGGAUCGAGUACCGCCUGUGGGGUACCCGAGCUAGCUAUAUCACGCCCAACAGCGAGAUCCUCGCGGUGGCAACGUGCGAUAAUAUCCGCCUCUUCUCCAUCCCGUCGGGAGGCACACUCCUCUCCACCGUUCCCAUCCACCAACAGCAGCAAAACAUACCACUACAGCCCCCCACAACGUCCCCACCGCAGGUGCACUUCGCCUUCUCAUCAGUGACCAACACGCUCUCGAUCAUCGACGACUCCGCCGCAAAAUCAUGGAAGAUCCGUAUCCUUAGCGCCACCGCUGUAGAGCUGCACGAGGCCAUCACGUACGGAAGGACAGACGUCCAGGCAACACAGCUGUUCGGACACCAUGGCGAUUGCAUAGUCCUCUCCCCGUCCGAGAAGGGAGUGCAGAUCGACGCGGUCUGCUACGAUGGUGCGGUUGAGUACGCGAGGCGGAGGGUGCUCCCGCCGCCGGCAGGGGAGGAAGAGCAGGGCGCGGCUAUGGAAGUGGAAGUGCAAAUGGAAGUGCAACCGAGCCGUUGCCGUAUUCCGGCGGUGGGAAUGCAGCUGGCAGGCGCGGUGAGGGAUGAGAGGUGGGUUGUGUUUAAAGGCUCGAACGAGGUGGCGAAUUCAGAUGGGCAUGCGGCUUUUUGGGUUGUCGAUUUCGGGUCGGAUUAGAUUUUAGGGUGGCGGUUUCGUGGAUUGUGUGUAUGAUAAUAGAAUUGGGGGUUCGCCGUAAAGAAAAGCAAAGGAA